AUGGGCGACGGAUCUGACUAUCCUAGUCCUCGAAGUGAAGCUACCCACGGAUUAGCCACUGCCUCAGUCCUAGCCUCCACGGCUGAAUCUCUCUCGUCAAUUGCCAGAAUGAACGAUCAAGGCCCGAUCGGGUUCAUGGAGGGGACGCGCCCGCGCUUGUCAGUCCGACGCGCUCGAGAUCCGCCUAAGAACGCGGAAAAUCAAAUCUUCUGCGAUCACCCAGAUUGUGAAACUGCGCCUCCCACAUUUCGUCGUCCUUGCGAAUGGAACAAACACAUGGAUAAACAUGAUCGCCCCUACAAGUGCUACGAACCAGGAUGUGACAAGGUCAAGGGCUUCACCUACUCUGGUGGUCUGCUACGCCACCAACGCGAAGUCCACAAGAAGAACACCGACGCCAAGAAGUCCCUGAUGUGUCCCUACGCCGACUGCAACCGCAGCACUGGAAAUGGAUUUACGCGUCAAGAGAACCUUCGAGAACACCUUCGUCGUCGCCACAUGCACACCGACGAUGGCCAGCCAUCCAUCAUGGUUGAUAUGCCUUGGGAGCGCGCCAACGAGUUAGAAGGCGUUCGCGCCAACUCACUCCCUGCCACCGGGGCGAAGCGCAAGCUCGACUCGCCGAAUGGGGAUCUACUUGAUGAGGAGAACGACGACCUACAUAACGAAGUCAAGCGACUGCGUCGGGAAGUUCAGGAGAAGGAUCGCCGACUGGAAGAGCUUGAGCGGAUCGUCGCGGGUCUGCAACAAGUAAUUCCUCAGCCUACUCAGUCCGAGGAAGCCCAGUCUGCAGCACAGUCACUUGCGCCUGUUCCACAGAUUGCUGCGCCCCAGGUCUAG